CAUCAUCAAACUGUUGGAUGCCGGGAAAAGGUCAAUGCAACAUGCUUCAAAGGCCGACUUCCCAGCAAACAGUGAAAAGAUUCAGUGGAAUGAACGACGGCGCCUGGCUGCCGCCCGGAGGUUAGCAGCUUCCUACUCGUCUUCCUCCUUGCGGCCUGUGUCCCCCAAGGAUAAUAAUGCAACAACACUCACAGCAGCCUGGCUCCGAAAACAUUACAAGUGUGCCUCUGUCCCCAUGUGGACGGAGGACACUGACGAGCAUGAGGAUACCCUUCGAAAUGUAACACACUUAAGCCUUACCAGAAGCACAGACACCCCAGACAUUACGAAUCUUGAAACCCUUGGCGAGCUUCUACCGUCUUUGGAAUCCUUUUCUCUUACACACAGUUGCCUUUCCUCUCUUCGUGACUUGGGCUCCCGCCUUGGUCAUCUUCGUGUCCUUGAUCUGACUGCUUGCAAUCUACAAUGCCUGGAUGGCAUGGCGGCUUUUCCUCUCCUGGAGGAAGUCUAUCUCUCACACAACCUUCUGCGCGACUUAACCCCACUGUUUCUCCACGACCAUCUCACAAUUCUUGAUAUCAGUCAUAAUUUGUACCUUCGUCUCCCUUCGUCUAUGGCCCCACUGCAUGUCUUGGCUUCUUGUAAGAAUAUGCAUACGUUAUCGAUGAAAGAGACUCCUGUGGAAAGGGCGUUGCAAAAUCUUGCGAUAGGAAGUAAGAUAGAUAGCUCUUACCGAAAAAUUGUCGGGUCACUUAUUCCGCAAUUACAUGUCUUGGAUGGAAAAAAGCUGCCAAAGAGCGAGAAAGAUGGAGAAGAACAAGAUAUUGAUGAGGCAGCUUGGCGCAAUGUUGUAUUGCUCUUACAGAAAAUGGAAGACGAGGAGAGGGAUGAAGAGAAGACAGAAAGAUGGGAAAAUAGAAAAGCUGAUAGAGUUUCAAAACGCAUUACUGACUGAUGACAGAUGACCGGGAAGGAAAGCAACAAAACGAGAGGAAAGUGCAUAUUGACACGUAGGAAAGCGGAGGUCUCAGAUGCGGAAGCUAGAAGCAAUAGGGUACUUCGAAAAUACAGAGCGAUCCGCCUACUUAUGUUGAGACAUUAAUUUUUC